AAGCGCCAGCGGGUGAGUCGCCCUCACACCAAGAUGGCGGACCGGGGAGGCCAGGAGGAGCGGAGGCUGCAGGAGCAGCAGCGACAAGAGCGAGGUCCGGGCCAACGGUGGUGUUAGAACAGCUGGGCACCGACACGACACGAUAGGGGAGCGAACAGAAUUCGUUGCCGCGCUUUUCUGCAGGGUAAAAUCUGCCGGCGGGAAGCGGAGACUGGGAGUGAGCCGGACGCUCAGCCGCCGCCACCAGAGGAGAAGGCGACUCGUUUGCGAGGCCGGGGAGGGAAACAUAUAACCACACAUACGCGUCCCUCCCACCUUGGAGGCCUGUCCGCACGCCGGCCCUUGGGACAGGAGCGGAAAAAGAAAAGCCCAGGCUGGAAGGCAACCCGCUUUCGUAUGAAUUCCGCCGAGGCCAGCUCGGAGUGUGCGCCACCAGCGGCGAACGCAAGUGCACAGGGAGAACCUCUAGCAAAAAACCACACAGCAAGCCGAAUGAAGCGAGCAGCUGCAAAGCAUCUAAUAGAACGCUACUACCACCAGUUAACUGAGGGCUGUGGAAAUGAGGCCUGCACGAAUGAGUUUUGUGCUUCCUGUCCAAGUUUCCUUCGUAUGGAUAACAAUGCAGCGGCCUUAAAGGCCCUUGAGCUUUUUAAGAUUAAUGCAAAACUCUGUGAUCCUCAUCCUUCCAAGAAAGGAACCAGCACUGCCUAUGUGGAAAACAGCACGAAGAGCUCCCACAGCAUUAUCUGUUGUUCAGAAACAAAAAUGAAUAAGCGAGAGAUGCAGUCCCAAAGAGAAGAUUUUAAAGAUGUGAACUAUCUAACUGAGGAAAAGGUAUAUGAAAUCCUGGAUUUGUGUGGAGAACGAGAAGAUUAUUCGCCAUUGAUACGUGUGAUUGGCAGAGUUUUCUCUAGUGCAGAUGCUUUGGUGCAGAGCUUCCGAAAGGCCAAACAGCAUACUAAGGAAGAGCUGAAAUCCCUUCAAGGAAAAGAUGAGGACAAAGAUGAAGAUGAGGAAGAAAAAGCUGCUUCUGCAGGGUCCAUGGAUGAUGCAGAGGCAUCUUCAUCCAGAAGUUCUUUUGGGGGCUCACAGACAAGAGACAACAAUGUUCAUAAAUUAGGACCUGAUGAAAUAUCUAUUGAUGUUGAUGCAGUCAGACGGGUCUAUAAUAAAUUGCUUUCCAAUGAGAAGAUAGAAACAGCUUUUCUUAAUGCAUUAGUGUACUUGUCACCAAACGUGGAAUGUGAUUUGACUUAUCAUAAUGUUUAUUCAAGGGAUCCGAAUUAUCUAAACUUAUUCAUUAUAGUCAUGGAGAACAGCAACCUCCAUAGUCCCGAAUAUCUGGAAAUGGCUCUUCCACUGUUUUGCAAAGCAAUGAGCAAGUUACCCCUCCCAGCUCAAGCCAAAUUAAUUCGACUAUGGUCAAAAUACACUGCAGACCAGAUCCGUCGAAUGGUGGAAACCUUUCAGCAACUCAUUACGUACAGGGUCAUAAGUAAUGAAUUCAAUAGUCGAAAUCUGGUAAAUGAUGAUGAUGCGGUUGUUGCUGCUACAAAAUGCUUAAAAAUAGUGCACUAUGCAAACAUUAUUGCAGGCGAUGUGGACACGGGGCACAAUGAGGAAGAGGAAGAUGAGCCAGUUGCAGAAUCUAGUGAAAUUACUUUGCAAGAACUAUUAGGUGAAGAACGGAGAAAUAAAAAAGGACCCCGGGUGGAUCCCCUCGAAACAGAGUUGGGAGUGAAAACAAUCGAUUGCCGAAAGCCACUUGUCUCUUUUGAAGAAUUUAUUAAUGAACCACUAAAUGAUGUACUAGAAAUGGAUAAAGACUACACUUUCUUCAAAGUUGAGACAGAAAAUAAAUUUUCCUUUAUGACUUGCCCCUUCAUUCUGAAUGCUGUAACCAAGAACUUGGGUCUUUACUAUGACAACAGGAUACGCAUGUACAGUGAACGCCGAAUCACUGUCCUGUACAGCCUCGUACAGGGGCAACAGCUGAACCCUUAUCUUAGACUUAAAGUGAGACGUGACCACAUCAUUGAUGAUGCACUUGUUCGGCUGGAAAUGAUUGCCAUGGAAAAUCCUGCAGAUCUGAAGAAACAGCUGUACGUAGAGUUUGAAGGCGAGCAAGGUGUGGAUGAAGGAGGUGUUUCCAAAGAGUUUUUUCAGCUUGUUGUGGAAGAAAUCUUCAAUCCUGACAUUGGAAUGUUCACAUAUGAUGAAUCUACAAAAUUGUUCUGGUUCAACACUUCCUCAUUUGAAACCGAAGGACAGUUUACUCUAAUUGGCAUAGUUCUUGGCCUGGCCAUUUACAACAACUGUAUACUGGAUGUGCAUUUUCCUAUGGUCGUUUACAGAAAACUGUUGGGCAAAAAGGGAACCUUCCGAGACCUAGAAGAUUCUCAUCCGGUCCUGCAUCAGAGUUUAAAACAACUUGUUGAGUAUGAUGGCAGCGUAGAGGAUGACAUGAUGAUUACUUUCCAGAUAUCUCAAACUGACUUGUUUGGAACUCCAAUGAUGUGUAACUUGAGGGAGAAUGGAGAUCAGAUUCCAGUGACAAAUGAAAAUAGAAAGGAAUUUGUUGACCUUUAUACAGAUUAUAUUCUCAACAAAUCAGUAGAAAAACAAUUUAGAGCCUUUAGAAGAGGUUUCCAUAUGGUAACCAACGAGUCACCACUAAAGUAUUUAUUCCGGCCGGAGGAGAUUGAGCUACUUGUCUGUGGAAGCCCGAACCUAGAUUUUCAAGCACUUGAAGAAACUACAGAGUAUGAUGGUGGAUAUGCCAAGGAUUCCCGUAUUGUAAGGGAAUUCUGGGAAAUUGUCCAUGCAUUUACAGAGGAGCAGAAACGACUCUUCCUGCAGUUUACAACAGGCACAGAUCGAGCACCAGUUGGUGGCCUUGGAAAACUCAAGAUGAUCAUCGCAAAGAAUGGACCAGAUUCUGACAGGUUGCCAACAUCCCACACGUGUUUUAAUGUCCUCCUGCUUCCUGAGUAUUGCAACAAGGAGAAGCUCAAUGACAGACUACUAAAGGCCAUUACCUAUGCCAAAGGAUUUGGCAUGCUGUAAAAGAUAUGAAUGUAAAGCGUGUGAUAAAAAGUAAAGUUAUGGGUGUCAGUACCCCGGUUUCUUUUUUAAAAAGGCCACAUGAUAGUCAUCUAUAAUAGUCACCCAUAUCUGUGCCUCUCCUCCAGAGGACACUGGGCUGGAACAGCAGAUUUCAGCAACUUGUACGAACAAUUUUUUUUGAUUAGUGUGACUUUCAUAUCACUUGCUUUUAUGUAUAGUAAACUUUUUCUGAAUAUUUAUUUUAAAAGUUCAAGAAAAAAAUUACUCAAUCAUAUGUUCGUUACGUUACUGAAUUGAGCCUUUUUUCAAUUUAUGAAAGGAAAUCAGAUUCUCCCAAAUAACGUUCUCAGAUCAUCAAUGUAUUUUUAAAAUAUGUGCUAUAAUUUUCUUCUAGCCACUCAGUUCUGGAUGCACUCUUUUUAUUUCUUUCAAUCCCCAGCCCCCGCAUUGCUUUGGAAAUUUAAUUUUUGAAGUGGUUUGGUGCAAGUGCUGCUGUUCUAGUCCCAGAGAGCAAAUUUUUACUUACCUGUAGAUCUAAUAAAAAUGGAAGGGGGAACCUGGAAUGUUAACUGCGUUCUUGAGAUCUUGCUUUAGUUACAGCACAACAAUGCUUGGAAGGUUUUAGAGAAAAAAAAUAAAAGAAAAACUUCACUGUUGGUAGUUCUCUCAAGUCUGGAAAUAUAUUUUCUGUUCAAACUCUUCAACUACCCUGCUGCAUCGCUAAUCCACUGGGUUUGACUGUAUUUUUUAAAAUUCCGCUGCUUGUUUGAUGUUUUUGGAGAACACAUGCAAUGCUCGACACGUUGCCAACGUUACAGCAAAAUUAGUUGAAAAAGUUGUGGAAUUAGUAGAUGAAAAUGUCCUUGCAAUAUUUGGAGCUGAAGUUUCUUUUUUUGACUCUUCCCAACAAAUUUCCAGAAUUUUCUGACUUUUUUCCUCAUCUGCAGUACCUACCUAAACAAUUUACAGGAACAACAUUGUGUUUAAUCAUAUAGGUGUUGCAUUAAUUCGAAUGGAGAAAAGGCUGAUUGCGUUCAAAAAUAGUAUAUGAUAUUUGGAGUGUGGAGUGGUGAUGAAAUAAGGUGAACAGCAGUAUUUAAACAUUUUUACUCUUUGACAAGAGAACAAAGGAUGUUAACAUGAAUAAUACUAAAUAAAACAGACUAAAACAA